AUGCCUGAAGCUGAUGUGGUGUACUCCGAUGUGAAAUUCACAAGAGCAAAUACAAAUGCCGGGGGGUCCCAACAAAAAGGAGGGUCAAAGCUCAAGUCAGAGAGAGUGGCCUUGGUAGUUCUCAGUGCUCUUCUGACAGCUGCUGUCAUCGCUCUUGGUGUUACCUACUUGGAUGGUUAUCAAAAACUGACAGCUGAGCAUGAAGCUGUGAAAAGAAAUCUCACAGCUCAACUGCACCAUGAAAGACCAUGCAACACGGUGCAGCAAACAUGCCCACAACCUCCUGCAGUAAAAAAUGAGUCAUGUCCGAUAUGUGAGGAAGGCUGGGAGCAACAUGGAAGAAAGUGCUAUAAUUUCUCCACCAAUAGAUCAUCCUGGAAUAACAGCAGAGAUGAAUGUCAACAACAAGGAGGAGACCUGGUUAAGAUAGACAGCAGAGAGGAGCAGACAUUCCUGGAGCUGAAACUGAGAGACAAAAUGAACGAACCUGAGGACAAGUUCUGGAUCGGACUGACAGACUCAAAGGAAGAGGGCACAUGGUUGUGGGCAGACGGCUCUCCACUGAACACAAGUUUGUCCUUUUGGAGCAGCAUUGAGCCAGACAACUGGACAGAGGAAGAUCCUGAUGGAGAGGACUGUGUGAGGAUGGGGGAGAAAUCAGGAGCUCAUGACCUGAAGUGUUGGUUUGAUAAAUCCUGCAAAAAGCCUCACAGAAGUAUUUGUGAGAAACCAGCAGAAACUGGAAACUGGUUUAUGAAAUGUAGUUCAGUUUAA